UAAUAAUGUGAUCUUGAUACCAAAUAAAUAAUCAAAACACCAAAAGUUGGCAACGUGUUUGGUGAGAUCAUAAGAAUCCAAAUAAAAAAAAUGAAAAAAAGAUUAGGAUAACAAGUUUCCCAUUACUUUAGGGCUUAUAUUUAUUUAUUGUGUCUAUAGUUUAGAACACACAAAAACUAAAUUAUAGGAGUACCUUUUUCGCAAUACAGAUUGAUAAAAAAUGGAGAAAUUUGUUUCAAGCUGGAAUGAUGGAAAAACAUUGCCUAAAAGCUAUGUAUUUCCAGCGGAAAGUAGACCUGGAGAUGAUCUUUAUCCUAAAUCCAAAUUGAGUGUACCACUUAUUGAUCUUUCUCAAUCUGAUCAUGCUCAUAUUGUCACUCAAAUUAUGGAUGCUUGUCAAAACUUUGGAGCUUUUCAAGUUAUAAAUCAUGGGGUGUCAAAGAAACUAAUGGAUGAAGCAAGAGAUGUGAUUAAGGAAUUUUUUGAGCUCCCAGCACAAGAAAAAGAAAAAUAUUGUUCGUGGGACACUAAUAGAACUUUUAUUCUUUACACAAGUAAUUUCCAAUUUGAAAAAGAAGAGAUCCACUUUUGGAGAGAUGCUAUAACACAAAGAUGUGCCCCUUUGGAAGAAUGCAUGUUAUUUUGGCCAGAUAAACCUGCUAAUUACAGGGAGAUCAUUGGAGAAUAUAGCAUGAAAGCAAGAGAGGUUGGUUCAAGAAUCUUAGCGUUAAUUGCAGAAGGAUUAGGGCUUGAAGAAGGAUACUUUGCAAAUGAAAUAAGUAAAGAAGUAGAGAUGAAUGUGAAUCAUUAUCCAGCAUGUCCUGAUCCUUCCUUAACUUUGGGAGUUGGACUACAUAGUGAUCGAAGUCUUGUAACUGUUCUUAUGCAAGGUGAUGUUUCUGGCCUUCAAUUCUACAAGGAUGGUGAAUGGAUUUCUGUUGAUCCUAUUCCUCAUGUUUUCACUAUUAACUUGGGAUAUCUCAUGGAGGUUAUAAGUAAUGGGAAGCUGAAAAGUGGGAACCAUAGAGCAGUAACGAAUACAGAGAAAGCAAGGGAAAGUACAGCACUAUUCCUAUGUCCAACAAGAGAUUGCCGUAUUGAACCUGCAAAAAAACUCAUCAAUUCUGAGAAUCCUCAACUCUUUCGACCACUUCAUUAUCAUGAAUUUCUUGCAUCUCAUAAUGCAGUGCGCCAAGCUAAAUUAUUUCCUGUCCAUGUCUUGAAGCCUUUUCGAAUUACUUAAUAAAAUUAUGCUUCAAUUAAUUAUGUACAAUUUUCUUAAAUUAUCAUAAAACUUUAUUAUUAAAUACUCUUUGUUCAUUAGAAUUUGCCUCUUUUAACUAAUUAAAUUCUUAUAAAAUGUUUAAAUGGGGCUAAUUUAAAGGAACAGAGUUGUGCUAAUCAUUGUGUCUUUCUAUUCCAAAUUGUCUUUUUUUCGUUAUUCAUGAUUUUUUGUGUAAAUUGUUCAAGAGUGAUGAUGUUUUAUAAAUGUACUUUCAUGUAUUGUGGGUCAUACUUGCUGUGUUUCUUUU